UCCUUUUUAUUUUAAUUUUACACAUAGAAAGGAAGAGGCUUUUCUAAUUUAUGGUUCUUGUUUUGUGAUUUUUCUCUUUAAAUUUCACUUUUUUCAUAUCUGUUAUUUUUUUUAGGAUAAAAUAAUAAAACCCCUGUUAAUUUCCAGAUCAAGAAAGGUUUAAUUUUGUUUUAGGUUCAUAGGAAAAGUAAUCAAAUAUUGCAACUUUGAACUUAGGUAAAUGAUGGGUAGAAAUCUUAGCCCAAUAUUGCGGAGAGAAUUAGCCAAUCUUGACAAAGAUGCUGAUAGUCGAAAAUCAGCAAUGAAAGCUCUGAAAUCAUAUGUGAGAGACUUGGAUUCAAAGGCAAUACCGGUGUUUCUUGCUCAAGUUUCUGAGACUAAAGAAACCGGGUGUGUGUCUGGCGAAUACACCAUUUCACUCUAUGAGGUUCUUGCUCGCGUCCAUGGUGUGAAGAUUGUUCCUCAGAUUGAUAGUAUCAUGUCAACCAUUGUCAAGACGCUAGCUUCAAGUGCAGGAUCUUUCCCUCUUCAACAGGCAUGUUCAAAAGUGGUACCUGCAAUUGCAAGAUAUGGGAUUGAUCCAACCACUCCAGAAGAUAAGAAGAGGUAUAUAAUUCACUCACUUUGUGAGCCUCUUUCAGAAUCUCUUUUGGGUUCCCAAGAAAGCUUGAGUUCAGGGGCUGCGCUUUGUUUGAAAGCCCUUGUGGAAUCGGAUAAUUGGCGGUUUGCUUCUGAUGAGAUGGUGAACAAGGUUUGUCAAAAUGUGGCUGGGGCUUUAGAGGAGAAGUGCACUCAGACUAAUGCACAUAUGGGCCUGGUUAUGGCCUUAGCAAAGCAUAAUGCUCUGAUUGUCGAAGCAUAUGCUAGAUUGUUAAUAAAAUCUGGCUUGAGAAUAUCAAAUGCUGGGCUUACAGAAGGUAAUUCUCAGAAACGAUUUUCAGCAAUACAAAUGAUAAAUUUCUUGAUGAAGUGUUUGGAUCCUAGGAGCAUACUCUCAGAGGUGGAGUUGAUUAUGGAAGAGAUGGAGAAGUGUCAAUCUGAUCAGAUGGCUUAUGUAAAGGGGGCUGCUUAUGAAGCUUCACAAACUGCAAAGAAAAUAGCACGGGAGAAAGGGUCAAAAUUUGAGAAUAGUUGUGGUUCAGUUACUGGGUCAAAUUUUGGUAGGAGAGACCACCACAGUUGUACAAGGAACUCAGUCCCUACUGAUGAUAGAUCUCCUGCAACUGCUUCACCUGAAUCACAGACACUUGAUUCCUUUAUGGAGUAUGAUUCGUUGCUUGAGUCACCAGUUUCAAUGACUCAAAUUUCUAGCAACAUGGAAUAUGAUCAAAGGAGUGUGAAUCGGAAGCUUUGGAGAUAUGACAACGGAGGUGUAGAUGUAUCUCUCAAGGAUGGUUUGUUCUCUGCGGUGGCUCAGGGACGUUCCAUAUGUGAUUCACCUUCUUAUCAUCAUGAACUUAGCAAUCAUGAAUCAGAGUUCAAGGAGGAAUUUGCAGGAUUCUUGCAUAGAAGUCCUAGAAAUGAGCUACCAAGAAGUGCUACUCCCAGUCCACAGAGGUCACGUUCUCGGAUUAAUGUAGACAACCUCUUUACAACUCCAAGGAAGCUAAUCCACUCUCUUCAGGAUCCUACUGAUUUGAACUCAGAUUACUGUGGGAAACAAUCCAGAAGGUUCAGAAGUCCAUCCUCUGAGAAAUUUGGAUGGGGCCCAACCACAAACCACAACAAUUUUCGGCAUGGUAUGAUCUAUGAGGUCAAAGGGAAUGGACAUUUGUGUAAUGAUGGUGAGGCUUUUCAAGGUAUCUCUGAAUCUGUGUCAUCAACUGAUGACGGUCCUGCUGAUGUUCAUGUCCAAGGGUCUCAUGAGGCAGUUCCAGUGAAUAAAACUGAAACUCAAGAGUUUCACAAUGUGAAAGUUCGUAAGAAGAAAGCUUCUAAAAUGUUUUUUGGCCUCUUGUUCGUUAUAGUUGCAGUUCUGACUUCAUUGUUGUGGACUGAAGUUCAGGAUGAAAGCUUCUACGUUGUUCCAACAUAAUUCACUCGUUAUGUUGUAUCAAACUCUUUCAAUCCUAGUGAAUUAGGAAUACUGUUAGAAGGAAUUAGGAAGAAUGUUGGAAAGUAGGUCGCUACAAUGUCCUUUUGUGUAACAAUAUUUGUUACUUCCAUUAAUGAACAAAGUGAUCAGUUGGCUGUUUAAUGAAUUUAACAGGGGUAAGUUUGGUGG